AUAAGGAGUAGUCGUUGGACAACAAGGAAGGAGUAAGAAAAGAGAGUGAGCAGUAGUUAGCUAGCAACUCUCCCUCGUCCUCUCCGCCCCUCUCACCUGUCCCUCCUUCUUCAUAUCUCUUCUCAUUUCUCAUUCAUUAAUUCUCAUUGCUCCAAAAUGAAUACACAUUCUCUCUCUUCUUCGAUGAUCUCAAUGUCUUCUUCAUCUUCUAUUCGCACCCCUCAAUUCACCACUCUCCUCCUCCCCCACCGCUCCUCCCCUCGCCGCAAAUCCUUUUCCUUCAAAAUCCAAGCUAAGAUCCGUGAAAUCUUCAUGCCUGCACUCAGUUCCACUAUGACCGAGGGUAAAAUCGUCUCCUGGAUCAAAUCCGAAGGCGACACUCUCUCCAAAGGUGACAGUGUCGUUGUUGUUGAAUCUGAUAAAGCUGACAUGGACGUUGAAACUUUCUACGACGGAAUUCUCGCUGCUAUCGUUGUCGACGAGGGAGAAACCGCUCCCGUUGGUGCUCCUAUUGGUUUACUCGCUGAAACUGCUGAAGAUAUUGCUGAAGCUCAAGCCCAGGCUAAAUCCGUCAAAUCCGCUUCUUCUUCCUCUUCCUCUCCUCCUCAGGAAACUUCGCAGUCUCCUCCUCCACCACCUCCACCUGCGGCGGUUAAGUCUGUUUCCGAUGGUCCCAAGAAAAUCACAGCGACACCUCAAGCGAAGAAGCUUGCGAAGCAGCAUAAGGUGGACAUUGCUUCUGUAAACGGGACUGGUCCGUUUGGUAGGAUUACUCCUGCGGAUGUAGAGGCUGCUGCUGGGAUUACACCGGUGAAGAGUAAUGUAGCUCCGGUGGCAACCCCUACUCCGGUUGCACCGAAAGGUGGUUCUUCUGCUGCUGCACCAGCUGCGAUUCCGGGUUCGAGUAAUGUUGCUUUCACAACUAUGCAAUCUGCUGUUGCUAAGAAUAUGAUGGAGAGUUUAUCGGUUCCUACUUUCCGUGUUGGGUAUCCAGUUAUCACUGAUGCACUUGAUGCUUUCUAUGAGAAGGUGAAACCUAAGGGCGUGACUAUGACUGCUAUUUUGGCUAAGGCUGUUGCAAUGGCACUUGUUCAGCAUCCAGUUGUCAAUGCCACCUGCAAAGAUGGCAAGAACUUUCAUUACAACAGUAACAUUAACGUUGCAGUUGCUGUGGCAAUCAAUGGUGGCUUGAUAACCCCAGUUCUUCAAAAUGCUGAUAAGUUGGACUUGUAUCUGCUGUCUCAAAAGUGGAAAGAACUAGUUGGAAAGGCUCGUUCAAAGCAAUUGCAACCGAAUGAGUAUAAUUCAGGAACUUUCACGCUUUCCAAUUUGGGUAUGUUUGGAGUUGACAGAUUUGAUGCCAUACUUCCACCAGGCCAGGGGGCUAUCAUGGCUGUUGGAGCAUCAAAGCCCACUGUUCUUGCUGAUGCAGAUGGAUUCUUCAGAGUGAAAAGUAAAAUGCUGGUGAAUGUAACAGCUGAUCACCGAAUAAUUUAUGGAGCUGACUUGGCUGCCUUCCUUCAGACAUUCUCUAAAAUCAUUGAAAACCCAGAAAGCCUAACAUUAUAGUCAUUCUUCACUUUCAGAUAAAUUUAGUUCUACCAGGCGCACUGUUUCUUGAGAAGCUGUUUGUCUUAAUUCUUAAUCUUUUGUACUUUUUCUUUUCACUUUCUUUUUGUUUUACUAUACUAGAUCAUUCACCCAUGAAUUUCUAAAACUUUUGUACUUUUUGUUUGCACUUUCUAUUUGUUAUAAAAUUUAUACUAGGUUGAUCAUCCGUGUGAUGUACGGGUCAGUUGCAUUUUGCAUAUGAAUAUGAUUGUAAUAAUAUUUGUGCACUUUGAGAAACCAUAAUCUAAGUAUCUACUAAUUUAAAUGCCUAUUAAUGAA